CUUUCUGCACGGGUGGUGGUGGGGCCCACCUGCCAGCGUGACAAGCGAGGGCGCGGUGGCCGAGACCUACCACCGUCGCUCGUUUGACCGGUCCCCGAUUCGUUCGCCGCCGGCUAACCCAGCGAGCGCCGGAGCGCGGUUCUUCCCCUCUCUCUCCGUCUCCGGCGAUGGCCGGCGCGGGCGCGAUUGCUGCUCUCGUGCGCGCCGCGCACGUGCCUCCGGCGCCGUGUGCGCGGUCGCUUCGGGGCCUCGCCGAGGCGCGCGCAAUCCCUCUCGUCCGCGCCACGUCGUCGUCGGCGGCGGCGGCGGCCAUAGCGCCGUCGUCGUCACCGUACUUCUACUGCGGCCCCUCCCUCCUGCGCCUCAGCUCCGAUCCCGAUUCUCUUCCAGCUCGCUCCUUCUCCUCAUCUUGCUCCUCGAUCUCCCGCAACGCCUUCGCGGUCUCCACCUCGUCGUCCGAGCAGGAGAAGCAGCGGCAGCAGUCGGAGCUCAUCUUCCUCGGCACGGGCACCAGCGAGGGCAUCCCGCGUGUCAGCUGCCUCACCAAUCCCUCCAAGAACUGCCUCGUUUGUACCAAGGCGACCGAGCCAGGGAACCGGAACAGGAGGCGCAACACAUCCAUCCUUCUGCGUCAUGCCACACCGUAUGGCACCUCUAAUAUCCUAAUUGACGCUGGCAAGUUCUUCUACCACUCUGCGCUCCAGUGGUUCCCUGCUUUCGGAUUGAGGACACUUGAUGCUGUGAUUAUUACUCAUUCUCAUGCUGAUGCAAUAGGAGGCCUUGAUUGUCUUCGUGAUUGGACAAACAAUGUCCAGCCCAUCAUCCCAAUUUACGUAGCAGAACGCGAUUAUGAGGUGAUGAAGAUGACUCACUACUAUUUGAUUGACACAAGUGUGGUUAUACCUGGAGCUGCAGUUUCAGCAUUGCAAUUCAACAUUAUUAAAGAGGAACCAUUUACAGUUCACAACCUUGAGGUCAUUCCUUUGCCUGUUUGGCAUGGUCAGGGUUACCGCUCUCUUGGUUUUCGUUUUGGUCAUGUAUGCUACAUAAGUGAUGUCAGUGAUAUACCUGAAGAAACCUAUAAACUUCUGGAGGACUGUGAACUUCUAAUAUUGGAUGCUCUUAGACCUGAUCGUUCUUCUUCAACACACUUUGGAUUACCACGGGCCCUUGAGGAAGUCAGGAAAAUCAAACCAAAGAAAACACUAUUUACUGGAAUGAUGCAUUUAAUGGACCAUGAGAAAGUAAACAAUGAGCUUGCCAAGCUGCUGGACACAGAGGGCCUUGACAUCCAGCUGAGCUAUGAUGGCCUCAGGGUACCUGUAUGGCUCUAAAAUUAUUAAUUUUUUAAACACACACGCCUUUUGUUUUGUCUUCUUGGCACAGCUAGGACAUGUAUACAGAUUUUCGAACGUUUUAGGUUAGUAAAAUGAUUACAAGAGGUAAUCUGUUGAACUCCUUGCUUUGAGCCUUUCCUUUCUUUUUAUACUCCCCUCCCUAUAGAGGCCUUGUAUUUUAUUCUCCCUUCUCAAUAGAGGGAACCUAUGUAGCAAAUAUACAACUUAUCAUUUCCCAAUGCAAUAAAAUUGCCGAUUGAUUAA